AUGUCAGAAAACGGGCUAUCCGAUCAAGGAUCUGCGACUUUAAGCCAUAUAACAGCCGACCUUAGCAAUACUGGCCCUGCACAACAACCCACGAACGGAUCUCGUCGAUCAAAAAAGCGGACUCGGCAGCAAGCCCAGCUCUCUUUCUCCCAGGGCAAUGCAGGACUCAGCUUUCGUAGCCCUGCAGCCGCAGAUGCUGACCCCUCGAAUUCGGGUUCCCAGGAAUCAGGCAAGCAAGAUUCGGAUUCCCCGAAUCCAGCACAACAAGCUUCUGCUUUCUCGGCACGAUCGAUCGAUGGAAUGCCUGCACAGGUUUCGAAAGGCCACACUUCAUGGGUCCAUGAACAUGGCAAGCUGAGAAUCAUGGACGGGGAAAUAUACUGGGUGUGUUCCUUGUGCAAGGAUCGGGAGAAAGCAAAGAAAUAUCCUGAUAAAUAUGGGCCCUCAAAUGCUGGGAAACAUCUGCGACGCAAGCACGAUAUGGAUGAAGAUGGACCCAUUCUCCCGACUGCGAAAUCUAUACAUGUCAAACAACUCGAAGCGGCUCAACAACAGACAUUUUCUACUGAACGUUUUUGGGAGCUUUUGCAGCGUUUUAAAUAA